AUGGAGAAGGAAGAUAAUUUUGCUGUAAAACAGAUCGAUAUGACUGCGACACGGAGCAAACUUGACGGACUUAUGGGCAGCUUUACAACUUUUGAUGACGCUAUGCGCAUCGGAACACGACAACGACGAGAAAAAAAUGAAAAUCGGCUAGCAGAAAUGCGACUAGAAAUGAAUCGUCUAGAACAGAAACUUGAGGCAGAGAUCAAAAAGCGGAUUGAGAUGACCAAGUCGCUGCAGAACUACUGUGACGAGCAAUUAGCGCAGAUGACAAAAUUGUUUCAAAGUUUGCUCAAUGAUCGCGCAAAGCAAGUUCACGAUCGACUCGGCAUUCUUACUCAAGAAAUAAAUAGCCUUCAGGCGCUUGUGGCUAAAGAGAAACAAGAAAUCCCAGUCACGAUCGAAAACAAAUCAAAUGAACUUACGAAAAAGCUUGCGGUAUUUAUGGAUUCAUUUGAGGUCGAGCGGCAACGAAUCGCAACUCAGGAAACAAUUAUUUUGAAGCGCUUGGAUGAUCACGAGCAUGUGACAGCAAAACGUUUGGAGAGUGAAAGGCACGAUCGCGAAAAACAGUACUCUGAUUUAAAAAUUGCACUAGACACUUACACUUCUACUCGGACACGUGGAGACGAAAGGUUUAACGCUUUCAUGCAGAGGGAAGUCGCAAAAAUUCAAAAUGCGUUGGUCUCAGAAGCUCAGGCUCGGGAACGCGAAGAUGAUGAAAUUGUGGAGGCGCUUAAUCGCUACACCGCCAAACUACAGGACAGUCUCAAGGCUAUCACAAGUCCAGACGCUUAG